UACUCGGAGCUCAUUCUAGGGUUACGUUUCAUCAGAACUCAGUAGGGAGCGAGCGGCGGGUUUGAUCGGAGAAGAUGGACGAGGAGAAGAAGUUUAGGCUUUACAAUUCCAUGACCCAGGAGAAGGAGGUCUUCAAGCCCCUCGUCCCCGGCCAGGUCAGCAUGUACGUCUGCGGUGUCACCGCCUACGCUCUCAGCCACAUCGGCCACGCCCGCGCCGCCGUCAAUUUCGACAUCCUCUACCGGUACUUGGAGGAGCUGGGUUAUAAGGUCACCUAUGUGAGGAACUUCACUGAUGUCGACGACAAGAUUAUUCGUCAAGCAAAUGAGCUUGGGGAAGAUCCAUUGAGUUUAAGCAAUCGCUUUUGCCAAGAAUAUAUCAGUGAUAUGGGAGACCUCCAAUGCCGCACUCCAACCCAUGAGCCACGUGUUUCUGAUCACAUGGAAGAGAUAUUAGCUAUGAUAACACAGAUCAUUAACAAUGACUACGCCUACGUUGUUGAUGGUGAUGUAUUCUUUGCUGUGGAAAAAUUCCCAAACUAUGGGCAAUUGUCUGGGCAAAAGCUGGAACACAUGAGGGCGGGUGAGCGCGUUUCAGUUGAUUCAAGAAAGAGGAAUCCUGCUGAUUUUGCACUGUGGAAGUCUGCAAAGCCUGAAGAGCCAAGCUGGGACAGCCCUUGGGGACGAGGAAGGCCAGGGUGGCACAUUGAGUGCAGUGCCAUGAGCGCAAAAUAUCUUACGUUCAACUUUGAUAUUCAUGGUGGUGGUAUUGAUUUGAUUUUUCCACAUCAUGAAAAUGAAAUUGCUCAAAGUUGUGCUGCAUGCCAGGAAGGUUGUGUCAGUUACUGGUUGCACAACGGUCAUGUUACUAAUAACAACGAGAAAAUGUCAAAAUCACUGGGAAAUUUUUUCACAAUUCGUCAGAUUACUGAACGGUAUCAUCCACUGUCUUUGAGGCACUUCUUGUUGAAUGCACAUUAUCGAACUCCUCUCAAUUAUACUGUCUCCCAGCUGGAGAAAUCAUCAGAUGCAGUGUAUUCCAUAUACAAUACUUUACAAGAAUGUGAGGAUGCUUUAUUACCAUUUCAAGAUGGGGCCCAGAAGGAAGGUGCAGAACAAAAUAGUACAACGGUUAGGAUUACAAAAGAAGCCGAACUAUUGAUCACCAACUUAAAGGAUGAGUUCAAGGCUAAAAUGUAUGAUGACUUGAACACUGGAAACAUACUGACCGGUGCUUUUAAAGAGGCUUUGAGAUUUAUAAAUGGUUCUUUGAAACCACUCAAGAAGAAGAACCCCAAGCAACAGCAACUAUACAAGUCACUGGUUGAAACAAUGAAAGCUAUUAAAAAAGUUCUGGACACGUUGGGGCUGUUAUCCCCCAAUACAUACUCUGAGGUAGUACAGCAAUUAAAGGCCAAGGCGUUGACUAGAGCUGGACUUACUGAAGAUGAUGUGCUGCGUACGAUUGCAGACAGGACAUUAGCAAGGAAGAACAAGGAUUUUGCAAAAACGGAUCAGAUCAGAAUUGAAAUGUUGGAAAAGGGUAUUCAGAUCAUGGAUGUGGGCAAUGAGAGUACCUGGAGACCUCGUGUUUUUACAGAACAAGAAUAGUUGAAAUUGUUAUUAAGAUCUGAUCACAUAACUGAUGUUAUGUUGAGUUGUCAGUAGUCGUAGUCAGUCUCGGAAGAUCCUUUAAUAUUGUUUGUUUCUUAUACUAUACAGGGUUCUGCAUUAUACAAUUUGGAUAAGAAUGUUGAUUUGGUACCA